AUGGCGGUUCGUCUAGUCAUUGUCCUGCUCGUUGCCUUUGUUGCAGUCUCCUUGUUCAGCGAAACAUCGGCGAGAUUUGGUGCUGUAGAUCGCGAGUUCGAGGCCCGGAUAGGACACGAGUUUAAAAUUGUCGUCCUUCUGCAUGGUGUCCGGCAACAAGAGCAUGCAGUCAAAUACAAUAUCGAGCGAGAACCCAACCGUAUAGUUGUGGCUGGUUUGGUUGGUACACAUGUUAUAGACAAAUGUCACUGUGAAUGGUCAGAUUGGCAAGAGGCUGUGUACAGCAUAUGCUCGGAGGAGUGUGGUGGAGGUAUCCAAUCAGGAUAUGAGACAAGGACUAUAGCGAAACAUGCAUACAAUGGGGGAAAUCAAUGUACCGGAAGUAGUAGUCGGUUCGUUAGCCGCUCAUGCAACACACACCAUUGCCCAAUUGAUGGCGGUUGGUCAGAUUACUCCGAAUUCUCUAUCUGGGGCAGUUGUUCUGGAGAUUGCUUCCAGAGUAGAAACAGGAAUCGGACAUGCGACAAUCCCAGACCUCAGUACGGUGGAAAUAAAUGUGAUGGGGAACCAAUGGACGUUGAAACUAGAGACUGUUAUGAAGGACAAUGUCUAGACGAAUCGUGUAACAGCCGGAGGAGGCCCACUGAUCCACAUGCUUUGUUGCCACGCAACUGUAAACAGUAUGUGUCAUGCAGUCAUACCCAUACUGUGAUGAAUUGCAGCGAGGGUACUAACUGGAACCAAGAGCUCGUCACGUGCGACCACGAACAUGUGGUUGGUUGUGAUGACGACAAUGAAACAGAAGACGAGCCUGAGCUAUGCACCGAUGGUGAAUUCAUAUCGGAUGAGGAAAACCCCAGUGUCUAUUACCGAUGCUCGCAUGGCGUGGAAAUACAAAUGACAUGCCCAUCUCCUCUUAUCUUCAACCCCGAAACGCAUGGCUGUAUCUGGCCUCUCCAAAAGUGA